UAAAGGUUUUAUUUUAGUUUUACUUUUUAUUGAUCUAUUUAUUUUUAGACAAGGUUUUGCUGUGUUGCCUAAGCUGGCCUUGAACUCAUUAUGCUACCCAACAUCAAACUGCCAGCAGCUCCUGCCUUAGAACACACUAUGUCCUGGCCACAAACACACGGCAGUCCGGCCUCAGCCUCUUGAGUGCUGGGAUUACAGCCGAGUCUUCUGGGCCAGACCUGGUAGAGGCCAAAGCCUGGCCAUGGAGGGAUGCUGGGAGACAGAGGUGACCAAUGGCUCAGAGAGCGGCUCGGACUUCAACCCGAUGAAGGAUUACAUGAUUCUGAGCGAUGCCCAGAAGAUAGCUGUGGCAGUGCUGUGUACCCUGCUGGGCCUGCUGAGUGCCCUGGAGAACAUGGCGGUGCUCUACCUUAUCCUGUCCUCCAAGCGGCUCCGCAGGAAGCCCUCGUACCUCCUCAUUGGCAGCCUGGCUGGGGCUGACUUCCUGGCCAGCAUCAUCUUUGCCUGCAGCUUCGUCAUUUUCCAUGUCUUCCACGGUGUUGACACCAAGGCUGUCUUCCUGCUGAAGAUAGGCAGUGUGACCAUGACCUUCACAGCCUCUGUAGGCAGCCUGCUGCUGACCGCUAUUGAUCGGUACCUAUGUCUGUGCUACCCACCUACCUACAAGGCUCUAGUCACCCGUGGGAGGGCACUGGUGGCCCUUUGUGUCAUGUGGGUCCUCUCGGCAUUGAUCUCCUACCUGCCACUCAUGGGAUGGACCUGUUGCCCUAGUCCCUGCUCUGAGCUUUUCCCACUCAUCCCCAAUGACUACCUGCUGGGCUGGCUCCUCUUCAUUACCGUUCUCUUCGUUGGCAUCAUCUACACCUACGGGUAUGUUCUCUGGAAAGCCCACCAACAUGUAGCCAGCUUGGCAGAGCACCAGGACAGGCAGGUGCCUGGGUUAGCUCGGAUGCGGCUAGAUGUGAGGUUGGCCAAGACCCUGGGGCUGGUACUGGCCGUUCUCCUCAUAUGCUGGUUCCCUGCCUUGACUCUCAUGGCCCAUAGCCUGGUCAGCACACUGAGUGACCAGGUCAAGGAGGCCUUCGCCUUCUGUUCCAUGCUGUGCCUGCUUAACUCUAUGAUCAAUCCUAUCAUUUAUGCCCUGCGAAGUGGAGAGAUCCGCUCCACUGCCCAGCACCGCCUGGUCAGCUGGAAGAAGCAUCUACGAGGGCUUGGGUCUGAGGGAAAAGAAGAAGCCCCAAGGUCCUCCAUUACAGAGACAGAGGCUGAUGUGAAAACCACCGUGGUGCCUGCUUCCAGAAGUCCAGGCUGCUCCAAUUGCUGACGGUACCUAGUUUCCUAUUAGAAACAGCCUGUGUGAGGAUCAGUUUACUCACUCGAGGAGAGAGGAGUCCCAGACCCUGCGUCCUUCUGGAACCAGCUCUAGGGGACUAAACACAGACCCUGUUUUGCCAAAGAGCACUGGGCUUCAUGGUUGGAGGGUGACCUGGUCAUGCCGACCUGCACAGUCUGUGGAAAGUGGCCUGUGACGAGACCGGUUCUGUUUACAUCAAGUCAGGAAACCCUUAUGACUCCAGAGACCAAGAAGCAAGAGGGGCCUCCAGGGACUGUAAUAGAGGACUCAGAGGUGGUCUGAGAAGAUGAAGGACUUGUUCUCCUGGGCUCACAGAGUACCCUGGCCAGUGUGACCACUGCCUGUAAGUUCACCGGUGCCCACGGCUGCUAUGGUGCGGAUUCCAGGUUGUCUUGCUGAUAAUUGGCAGCGAGACCAGCUAGUUCUGGUUCCCUUUUCAUGGUUUUGGAUUCCGUGGCUGUAAAGCUCAGUGAGGCCCCACUUUCAGGCAACCCUUGCCUCUUGAGGAUCAAGAAUUGUGGUGUGCUAAGGCUCAAGGGUGUCGGCUCAGACAGUCACAAGCCAUCAGCUCAGAGCAUCCUGUUGGGCAAGGACCCUUUGACACCCUGAUAAGCCCUGGAGUCAUGUGACUUUAGGUCCUUGGGGACCCACUGGAGGUACAGUCUGGAGGGGCCUGUAUUGCCCUUGUCACAGCUGCUGUGUCUACUGUAGCAGUAUUCCCAGCUAGCCUAGGUCCAAGGCGAAGCAAGAUAUUCACAAAGAUUCUCUGAGUCCUAGAUUGUUUCCAGCGAUGCUAACCUAGUCUUGUUGUCUCUUCCAUACUAUGGUCCUGGGGGACAAACAGAAGGAGCAGAGGUGGAGAGACUUCCUGCUGUGGUCCAGACACAGGCUGACAUCCUCUGUCCACAGCCCCAUGCUAUGUCCCUGGGUAUCUGAAUUUUACCUUCACUAAGGGAACAUCCCCAAUAGAGGGAGGUUCAAGACACUGCUGGUGACAGGAGGGAUAACACUGGGGGCCACAGGCACAGUGAAUGAAAAGCUCUCCAUUAAUGUCAUUUAAUACAUUAAAAACCACG